CAAAUUCAUCCUUGUCCACGAUGGCAACGUCAGGCCUUUCCCGCCGCCGAGGGGCGGCCGCUUCAUCAACCGACCAAGACGACUUCACAUCUUCCCCGCCGUCGUCUGCCCACACACCUGGGAGCACCACGCCCGCCGCAGACACGCACGCACACGCCGGCUCAGCAUUUGCAUUCGGCGGGUCACGUAUCGCUUUCGACCCACGCGACCUGCCGUCCGCCGAUACCGAAGUAGAAGGCGGGACUGUCCCCAAGCUGACGCUCAUGGAGGAGGUGCUACUACUCGGCAUCAAAGACAAGCAGGGAUACCUCAGUUUCUGGAAUGACAAUAUCAGCUACGCGCUGCGCGGAUGUAUACUCAUCGAGCUCGCUCUGAGAAGGAGGAUCGCGAUUGUUCAGGAUCCGUCGCGGAAACGCAGUCCACUGCCCGACCGCCACAUCACAGUUCUCUCCACCCGUCAGACCGGGGAGACACUACUCGACGAAACGCUGCGGCUCAUGAAGCAAACAGAGGAUGGAGGAGAACGCAUGGGCGCAGGAACAUGGGUCGAUCUGCUCAGUGGCGAGACGUGGAAUCCUCUGCGCAUCCCUUUCCAGCUAAAACAAGUUCGUGAGCGGCUAGCGAAGGGACUAGUCGACAAGGGUGUCCUCCGAACCGAAAAACGCAAUCUCUUGCUCUUUGACAUGGCCACGCAUCCAGUCGCUGACGCUAAUAUCAAAGCCAGUGUCGUCAAUCGCACAGUUGCUCUGUUGACCAGUGGCACGAGUGCGAUCCCACCAAACGCUUUGCUUCCUGCUGGGACACAGGCCCGGACGCUCCGGGCAGUAUGUCUCGUCGUCUCUGCGUACACUGCAAGCGUGCUUGACAACGCGUUCGGGCGACUGGGAUAUGAAGAACGGGAGGGUGCCUUUGCUAGAUGCGACGAGAUCCUCGCAGAAUUCACAAUGUGGCCGCUUGGCGGUGGUGGAGAACCGAAACGGACGAAACCACGUGUGGCGGGUGGAUCCUCUGCUUCCUACAUCUCCGGUGCAGAGAGCGUUCGGGGACUGAUCGCCGCUGUGAAAGCGGAAGCAGCAGAGGCAUCAGCUGGCACAGCAGUGGAAGAUAACACGGGCAUGGAGCUGAUCGCCGCCGUCUUCGAGGUCCUGGGUAAACUAGACUCGUUGCUGUAGUUGCAAGGGACAUGCACUGUCGAUAUGCGUAACGCCAGUGUACUCCAUCUUCCGGCAGAGUAGAGAAUCAUCGCAGAGCCGCACUCUUCCACCACAGGCCCCUAUGACAGCACCCCCUACUAAAGCCCGGCGACCCUGUGUGACUAGACUAAAGAGCCCGCCUUUUCACCUAGAAUCCGCACAACUCUCUAGAUCUCUUCCCUAGGGUUCUAUUUUGGCUUGAGCCUUAUCCAGGAAAAUUAUAUCAAAUCACGCAGAUGACUUGAGUGCAGAGCCAGUCUGUAAUCGGACGUCAAUAGACAAAAACGCGGCAUGUCUUGUGAAAGGAGACUAUCCUUUCCAACGGCGGACAAUCUGUUUCUUAAUGAGGAGCUUGGGAUGUGAUGUAUCGCUGCGAUUGAAUCAUGACCAGACAUGCCCUCCGAGCAAAAGGAGCCCAGAGUGGCAGUGACGAGGUGAUGACAUUCUGCAGUAUUGAUGGAAUAACAGUGUUGGAAACCGAUUUUACGGAGGCACGCGAAGGAAGAGCACUCGCCCACAAUCUUUUUGAAUCUCCCGGCACCCCGAUCCGCGCAGGUCUAAAAUUGAUUCUCGCGGAUAAGUACCAAGCUCCUGAUUAGUCCACUGUUUACCUGCCCCAGCCUGCCCCCCAGAUAGCCUCUCACGAGGAUCUUCGAGAAUACGACCCUGUGUUCCUCAGUUAAUCGAUCUCGUCGGCCUGUUGCGAUGAUUCCGAUCCCCUAGAGAAACUUGUGGUCGUCACCCCUAGGUGUGAAGUGUGACCAGUCCGGUCAGCAAUUGACCGGUACUUACGGGAAAGGGUGUUACCGAACUGGUCCGGCCCGGAAGGCCUGAUGAUUCUGUGGCUGCGCCGGCUGAUCGGUUGCUAUGACCCGAAGCCGCCCAGCAUUUUUUUCCACCCACCUGCUCAUGUUUUCUCUGAUGCCGUUCUUCGCUUCUGCACAGGGCCAGAUACUGGUGCGGGCCUACUUUUCUGCGCUCCACUCGCAUAUACAAUGCGUUAUGCGUUGCCGCAAUCGAGGUACCAACAACGAAACGCUGACGCAAUCGAAUAUAAAAGUUUGGGCGCUUAUGUAGCUGCCCCACGCGUUUGCCGGGUAAACGAGUUUUUCUGGGGCCCCGACCUACCGCGGGGUAUCAGAUCUUGAUGGGUCUUCGAUUGACACAGGGCGCACACUCCUGAACACUGCGUUGGCCCUUCUGUGAAUCCAUGACCGUGGAUCGAAGCAGAAUCUUGGGACUGGGACAACGCCGCACAUCUUCCGUGGGGGACAGAUUGUGCGACCCAGUUCACACAUCCAUCCAUGACACGCUGAAUCCAGCUGAUGAUGCGACGACAUGUGUUCGUAUGGAAUGCGGAGAACGGCUUCUUUUUGUGAUAGAUGGAGAUCCACUUGACCGCCAGAACCCCAUUCUGCCCACGUCCGAACGACACAUGACCAUCGGCCCGGGAGCAUCAGAGUGGUUAAAAGCCACGAGUGUGGAGAAAGAUUCGACUGUGUUGCAACCCCGUUCCCACCAUGAGCAAGAGUUACAGUCCCCGCAUUGCAUCCAAUCCCCCCAGUACAUCGUUGGAUCAUUCGCAUGUAUCGGCGGAGGCCUGUUCGGGCUGGACAUCUCGUCCAUGUCUGGUGUGCUCUCGAAUCCGGCAUACCUGAAGACGUUCCACAAUCCGACUUCUAACCCUCAGGGAGCCAUCGUGGCGGCCAUGCCUGCAGGAUCUUUCGUUGGGUCUCUGCUCGUCACGUCCCUUGGUGACAAGAUCGGUCGUAAGCGGACGGUGCAGCUCGCCGGUCUCAUUUGGGUCAUCGGGUCUAUUUUGCAAUGUGCUUCCAUUGACCGUGGGAUGCUCGUGGUCGGCCGUAUCAUCUCUGGUAUCUCUGUCGGUCUCGCCUCUUCCGUCGUGCCGAUCUAUCAAGCUGAAGUCACUGCACCUCAUCUCCGAGGACGGCUGAUUUCGCUCCAGCAGUGGUCUAUCACAUGGGGGAUCCUGAUCCAAUACUUCAUCCAGUUUGGCUGCUCCUACAUCAACGGCACCGCAUCCUUCCGCAUUCCCUGGGGUCUGCAAAUGAUUCCCGCUAUCAUCCUCGCAAUCGGCAUGCAGUUCUUCCCCGAGUCUCCGCGUUGGUUGGUCGACAACGGUCACGAGCAGGAAGCCUUGAUCGUUCUAGCCGAUCUGCACGGUGGAGGUGACGUCAACGACGAGCUGGUCCUGCUUGAGUACGAGGAGAUCCGGCAGCAGGUUGCGUUCGAGCGGGAUGAGGGGGCAAAGAGCUACAUGGAUCUCGUCAAGCCCGGCAUUUUCCGCCGUGUUUUCCUCGGUUCGUCGUUGCAGAUGUGGUCUCAGCUGUCGGGUAUGAACGUGAUGAUGUACUACAUCAUCUACGUGUUCCAAGGCGCUGGUCUCUCCGGUCGUCGAGGCAAUCUCAUUGCCGAUGCGGUCCAAUACGUGCUCAACGUUGUUGCCACCGUCCCGGCCAUCAUCUACAUCGACAAAUGGGGCCGUCGGCCCAUGCUGCUCGCGGGCACUCUCGCUAUGGGAUUCUGGCUGUUCCUCGUCGGCGGCCUGCAGUCCAAAUUCGGGCACUGGGACACGAGCUCGCCACCCGUCUGGGUUAUCGAGGGCCACGACGCCGCGACCAAGGCCAUCAUCGUCUGCUCGUACUUGUUCGUCUGCUCGUUCGCCGUGACUAUGGGCCCGGUUUCUUGGACUUACCCGGCCGAGCUGUUCCCGACCAAGGUGCGCGCCAAGGCCGUCUCUGUAGCCACCUCGGCCAACUGGGCUUUCAACUUUGCCCUCGCGUGGGCGGUCCCACCUGCGCUGUCCCAUAUCGCGUACAAGACGUAUUAUAUCUUCGGGACCUUCAAUUUCGCCGCCUUUGUGCACAUCUUCUUCAUGUUCCCCGAAACCGUUGGCCGCUCGCUCGAAGAAGUCGAAGCCAUCUUUGCGGAGGGACACGUCUUCUCGCCGUGGCGGAUUGGUCGCGAUGUUGGGGUCAAAACCCUGGCCGAGGUGUCUGCGGCGAGGAAGACGGGUGCCAACGAGGAAAAAGCUAGCGUCGAGAAGCUCGAGGCUUGAGCACAUCUUGUUACCUGUAGUUUACGUUUCUUUCACGAUGGUCGCAUGUCUGCUUUACGAUUUGUUGUACGAUAACUGCACGUAGUUUGAAUGAUAUCGACGCACUUGAAUCUCAUGUCGUAUGGCGCACUAUGAUGGAA